CAUGAGCCCAGCUGUGCUCCCUGACUCAAUCCCCCAAUGUGACAUCAUGGCAUACACACAGCUCAGUGCAACAGCAGCCACACAUCUUUGGAUCAGCUGGGUGACUGUCCAGCUGAAGUACCUACUGCUCCUGAUAUGGACCAUGCUCCUGACGAGGACCCUGCUCCUGAUGAGGAUCCUGCAUCCGGCCCUAUGGACCCAGACACCCCACCCGGCGCCCCUGAGGAAUUUGCACCUGGCAGCUCAACUACAACGAGGAACGAGGACUGCCACAAGAUUCUCAGAUCAAAUUUUCUUCAUUAUCUAAGCAAUUAUAAGAACAUUUGGAAACUUCUUAUGACAUAAAAUAACAAUGAAUAGUUUAUUAUUAUAAUAAUUCAACCUU